AAUCAAUACCGAUUUUCAACCGGCAUGAAGUUUCUUCAAUUUGCGCUGCUGUUUUUUAUCAUUUGCAUAACAACUACGGAUGCAUCAAAGAAGACUCAACGUGUCCUCAAGAAAGUUGGAAAACGAUUUUCGUUGAGUGAAUUCGGAGUAGUCCAACGUUUAGACUAUAUGUGGAGAACAGCGGAGACAGUGGAGGCUGCAAGAAAUCACUCGGCUGAACUAGUGGCUCGUCUCUUGCUCAGCCAAUCGUCAGCUGACAAUUUGAAGUUUCAAGAGAGUGCUGAUAUUUUGUACAGUCUGAUGGAUAAUAACUUCGAGGGCAAGAUUUGUGGUGGAGACGAGACAUUGAACUUUUAUCAAAUGAGUGACUACUGGAAAAGGCAAAGAAAAACCUACAGAAGAAACGAGAAAGAGAAUGUGACCUGGCGUGCCUACCCAAUCGAGGAUAACGCUUACAACAAGUUCAUGGUACGAUUCAAUUCGAAAUCUACGUGGGGAUACUCUGCAACCAUGAUUUAUGUUGUUCACAUGCGGCUUCUUGGUGAAAAGAAAUACAGUAACUACACACUUACCAAGAUUGAAGAAGUUGGCGCAUGUACAGAGUAUGGUGGAGUAAGCCUUGAAAAUACAAAUCUUUACGAACUAGAUCCAGAGAGAUUAGAGACAAGGGACAAGUUGCUCAAGCAUCUUCAGGAAUUGUUUUACACUGAGCAAAAAGUGUCAGAAAUCCCAUUUGAUUGGAUCUAUUCUUCCGCUUCAGAAAAAGAACUCAAAAUUGAAGUUUGUCACGGGACUGAGUUGAAGAAAAUGGCAAAGAAGGAUUUUAUUAAAUGGUGGGAAUGGUUCCAAAUGAUGUGCCGACCGGUGAAAGGAGAAAAUGAACACACAUUGGUACAAAUUACUGGUGGAGUUUACGAUCGACUUGUGUUCAGAGUGACCAUGUUGGUACAUGUUGGCACGGAAGAUAUUCAUCCGACGGAGGAAUUCAGUUUUAAGUUGCAAUUCAAAUAUGAUGUUCAUGGGGACAAAGAAUGGCUGAUCAAUAAAUUCGAGGUGAUGUGUCCAACAAUUGCAGUUCCAGAGGCUGACUUGAUGAAGAAGCACGCAUUAGUUUAUCGGGAGAUUAUUGGAUCGAGACUUCAACUGAUGGUUAACAAUCCAGAGUUGUGGUACAAUUUCGCCGAAGCUAUUGUAGCGCUGACAAGUCCUACAUAUGAGGUUGAAAAUUGCGCUGGAAAGGGAGAGGAGAUGGAAAAGGGGACGGAUAUGUACCAGCUCAAGCACACAUUCUGGAAGUUGAACAAGGAUACACACGGACGAAUGGAAGGAUACACCUUAGGGAAGAAGAAUGAUAUUUCAGAGACUGGAGAGAAGAUGUGGGCACGUAUAAGAAUCAUUUGGACACCUGGAAAUGACAAACUUGUGUAUGAUUCGAGAUGGACGUUUUAUUUGGAAUGGAAUAGUGAUUUGCAAGCAUUUACCAUCUAUAAAAUGAUUCUUCAGUGCCCAACAGUUGCAAGAAUAGGUGAAAUAAAGUACUAUAGUUCUUUGAAUAAACCUACAACCAAUACAACCAGUCAAUAAAUGAUUUGAAAUUUU